CCACUUCGUUUUUAACAUGGGGUAUGGUUGGCUGGGCGGAGAUGGGCAUAUCAGAGCAGGUUAGUAGGCCAUAUCCAUAUCCUCCCUGUUUUAACAAUGAAUCGGGUAGAGAUCUGCCCCGUUCAAGGACUGAUCGGAUUUUAUCUGCUCCAUUGCAGGUCAGAUCAGGGAAAAUCCACCGGGGCGGAUUUGGUUUGCCAUCCCUAGCUACAAGACACCAGCGCGCUUAUGAAGGCAUAUGGUUGUUCAAGGCAUUACCCGCGAAACGAAACCCCCCAAAUGACACCGUUCCGACAGGCUGACACACGAUCACAUCGCAAGCAUUAGCUGUCAGGAUACGCGCUGUCAGUGUUGUUGAAUGUCAUGUUGCAUUUAAUGUCCACCCACUGAGGUGAGGUCUAUAAACAAAGCAUUUACUCUAGUAGGUUAGAGAUCGGUUUUUUGUUUCUUCCACUAGAACUUUGAGCUUUCUCCCUCUAGAAUUCUGGUUCUCCUAAGUAAUACGUCCAAGGAAUAAAGUGGAAGUUCACGUUUCUCCCUCGCUCACAAAACCUUACCCUCGUAACUCACUCCUACACUCAGUUCGACACAAACCAUUGGUUCCCAUCAUGGUGUCGUGAGUGAAGGGAGGUACACAACAAUGGUAGGAGAAUCUUUCAAUUCCAUUCCUAACGAAACAACUCUGCUCAAGGCGAUGAAGAGCCACUAACAAUUUGAUGAAACCAAUGACCCAAACGCGGUGCUUAUCAAAGAGGAAGAGCUGGAAAUCACAGCCAAAGAAGUGUGCGCACAGAUGAACCAGCAGAACAGGGUAAUCGUAGAUAGGAAAGAACAAAUUAAUCAAAUCAUAGCGCUAAUAAUGAUCAAAGAAAUGCCCUCCAUAGCCAUAUCGGGCCCACCAGAGAUACAUCCCGCAUAAAUAAGAGCGAACUUCAACUUCUUGGAACAACACCUCUCUCCGUAUUACAGAUAACCGAUUAAGAGUAUUCUCGAUGAACCUCUCUGUGCAGAAACCAUGGCAAAGCACAUCAGCGGAGCCCCACCCGCCCUACUUGCAUACAACAGGACGACUGACCUGAAAGAUCAUGUGAGCACCUUCUGCAUGCGUAUGCAGCUUUAGACAAAUUCCAUCGCUGCGUUAUGCAGAGCAUCCUCCUCCAACUUCGCGGAAAUAUGCUUAGACUAUCACAAAAGACUUUCAAAUGGAAUCAUCCACUCCUUCGAGGAGUUCAUCCUCCUAUUCACCACCAAGUUCGCAUCACAAAAAGGAGACUUUUGCACCUCAAAGCUCUGAUGGACAUAAGGCAAAAGGACGGAGAAAAUUUAAGGGCAUUCUACCCCCGAUGGUUGAGGGUGGCCAUGGUAGUGCGCGACCACUUAAUGGUAGCCACUACCAAUAUAGAGGUCAAGCGUGCGUUAGCCACUUGUCACAUCAUCGCCAGAGCUGGAAAUUUAAGUCGAAAAGGCAAUAGCCCUCGAAGAAACGCUAGGCACCGGUUCAGUACGAAGAUUCAAACCAUCUAGGCAAGCAAGGUAAAAACAAACAUGAAGGCAACCCUUUUAGCAUCUCAAAGUUUAUCACAGUGGAACGAGAAGACCACUCGUCCCAUAGGAGCAAACAACACGACGAAUAUUGCUAGACAAACGCCCGCUGAAUAGUUUUGCACCGCUCAAUGACACGGUAAAAAAGUCUUCCACCUCAUCCGUGAAAAGGGCCAUCACCUAAACUGGCCACACCGCUCAGAGCCCCGCCAAACAUGCGUGACCACAGGAAGUAUUGCGAAUUCCAUAGAGAGACAUGCACAUUACCAAAGAAUGCUUCCACCUAAAAGUGGAGAUUGAGGCGCUCAUCCGGAGAGGGCAUUUAGCAAACUGUGUUUGAAAAAAUGACGACAAGAAAAGCGGAGACGCAUUAAUAACCCCGCCACCACAACCAGAGUAUAACAAAGGCACAGGGGCAUACAUCAUGCACAAAGGAAGUAGGUGUCGUGACAAGGGAGGGCUACAUGCCUCUUAAGAAAACAAAGAUAGCCAUAACAGUGGUGAUAUCCAAGACAUAAUUUGGUGAAUUGGAGUUCCCUCACGACAUUCUAUCUAAGGAGUUGCUAGCCAUAACCGCCUUUAUAUCCGCUUGCAAAGUCCAUAGACUGCUGAUAGACGGAUGUAGUGCAGCCGACUUCCUUUUCAAUAGGAUGCUUGAUCAGAUGGAUGUUGGCCCACAUUUGAUAAAGCACACACAAGGAAAUCUCGUAGGCUUCUUUGGAGCACGAGUAGCAGUUAUCAGAGCCAUCGUGCUUCUAGUUGUUAUGGGAGAUCAAGAGCCAAAAGUUUCAAAAGCAAAUUGAGUUCACAAUCGUAGACUGCGAGUCACCACACACCGGCAUUUUGGGUCGCCCAUCUUUAGCAAAGUUCAUGGCACUCCCAUCUACUUCAAGUUUCUCACAAACGAAGGCGCGGGCGUGACACGCGGUCCACCAUGGACCACGACAGAGCAAAAUAUCGCUUCGUGCCAAACAAACAUAAUCGACACAAAAGCGGAGAAGCCUUUGUCGAACCCAUGGAUCCCGACUUCGAGGUAGCAUUGAACUUCGCAUAGCCAAUCCAAAAAGUGCACAUAUCAACACAUAUCCCUCACAAAAUGGUAGAGCCAUUAAUCCAACUGUUAAAAAAGUACAAGGAAUUGUUCGCCUGGUGCACGGAGGACAUGCCUGGAGCCCAAGGAAAGUGGCACAUUAUUGCCUCAAGGUGCCAAUAAAUGCAGAACCGUGACAUUAGGCGCGCUGCACAUUCACCAGAGAAAAGCACAAGGCUAUAGAGGAUGAAGAGGCUCGUCUUAUUGUGGUUGGAUUAAUCCGCGAAGUCAAAUACCCAAAGUGUUUAUCCAACAUGGUAUUGAUAAAGAAAGCCUCGAGUGCAUGGAGGAUGUGUGUUGAUUACACAACAAUUAACAAAGUAUGUCCUAACGAUCCUUACCACUUUUGCGCAUCGACCAACUAGUUGAUGCAACUUCAGACCAUGAGACCUUGUUGUUCUUGGACAUGUUCCCCGGAUAUCACCAAAUUCCUAUGAGUCGAAAGGACGAGGAGAACACCGCCUUCAUUACCCAUUUAGGAACUUCUGCUUCAUCGAAAUGCCUUUUGGGGUAAAGAAUGCGAGUGCCACAACAAAUGAUAAAUCCAGUCUUCUUCCACCAAAUAGGAUGCAACAUCGUGGCUUACGUGGGCGACCUCAUUGUUGAAACCAAAGCGGAUCAAUCUCACAUUGACGAUCUUUGCAAGACUCUCCAAUCGAUUUGGGCACACAAUUUGCGCCUAAAUCCUUUGAAGUGCAUCUUCGUCGCUGAAGCGGGCAAAUUAUUGGAUUUUAUGAUAAUAAAGCACGACAUCGAGG